AGGUAAAAAAUUCUUCAAGAAACUGGUAAAGAUUGACUAACGAACGUUCCCAGUGCAAUAUAUCACGACUGUUAUUUUGGUCUCUGUUUUUGUGCAUCAUUUAAUAUAUUGCUUAUCUUGUUUGGACUAUACCCAAAAGCAUAAUAAUUAUAAUACACGAUAUGUUAUUCCACCAUGAUCCCAUUGCCUGAUAAUGACCUGUUCGUAUUUUUGUCAUUUGCUUUUUCUCAGUACUAGUUAGCCUUGAAGCUCUACAGGCUCCAUGGUAUAACGGUAUAUUAGAUUACUCUACAGAAAACCUCUCAGUGUAACUACCGCUGCAGUGCCAACCUGCCAACUCAACUAACCAGCAAAGCUCUAAAGUGACGAAAAAUAAUAAAUAUCAAUACAGAUUAAUCCUCAGUCGUUUGUUCAAUCUAAUUCGCUUAUUCUUAAGUUUUUCCCACGCUGGUCAUAAAUAUUCUAUAAUUAAAACAAAUAAGUGUUCCUCAGGAAAAACCCAAAUUUUCUUUGGAGUUAACUCUUUUUAAAUAUGGUGUGGCUAUUAUUGGGAUAUUUAACGGUGAUAUUCACGAUGGGAACAUUAGGUCAAGAUAUCAUGUUCCCAGGCCAGGAUAAUAAUCAAGAGGUGUUGAGUGGUAACAAUGCAACGAAGAUAACCGAGCGCAUUCCACUUGACAUAAAAGGUCAAUGUCCUGAAAACAUGCUUCUGUAUCCAGGAGACGGACCUGGAAGCGCCUGGGAGUGUGAUUGCAUAUCUGGCUAUCUCUACUUUCCGAUCAAUAAUUCAUGCUAUCCUGCGUACAGACAGGGCCCUUGCCCGCUCGAGAAUUACGCUGUUCUGCCACAAGGAGAAGUAAUCCCGAAAUGUGAACGGAAUCCCUGCAAGCAGGAUGGCUUGGUGUCUUACAAUAAUACGUGUUACGAGUUGAUGAAAGUAGGGGGACCGUGUCCUCCAAACGAAGUUAUAAUUGUCAACGAAACUACAUUUCAAUUGGAAUGUGUAUCGACAAGUGUUGGUCCGAAUAUUAUAAUAGACGCACCAUUGAAACUGUGCCCCGCAGGGAGUCGUAGGAAUGCGUCCGGCAAUUGCAGGAAAUCAAUUUAAGUCAUUUACGUUUUGUUAAUCAUCUGUCACGUUUAUUGCAUUAUCAAAUACAUCGUGAAUAUCAAAUAUCUACACAAAA